AUGUCUCGCGAGCGGCACCCCCGCACCGACAUCCCCCGCAACCUGAGCUUCAUUGCCUCGCUGACAGAGCGAGCCUACUACUUCAGCCAGCGGCCCAGCCUCGAGGAGGAGCCAGAGGAGGAGCCAGGCGAGGGAGGGACGCGUCUCGGGGCCCGAUCCCGAACUCCAGGUCCGAGUCGGGGGCGCCGUGCUCGUUCUGCGCCCGCCGGAGGCAGCGGGAUCCGGGCGCUCCGCAACCACAGCCCCGAUACCCGUAAGAGAGUGCGUUUCGCUGACGCGCUGGGGCUGGAACUGGCAGCCGUGCGCCGCUUCCGCCCGGGAGAGCUGCCCCGGGUGCCCCGCCACGUGCAAGUCCAGCUGCAGAGGGACGCCCUCCGCCACUUCGCGCCGUGCCAGCCCCGCGCCCGAGGCCUCCAGGAGGCGCGCGCCGCCCUGGAGCCGGCCAGCGAGCCCGGCUUCGCCGCCCGCUUGCAGGCUCAGCGCAUCUGCCUGGAACGCGUCGAGGCGGGCCCGCUGGGCGUGGCCGGGAGCGCGCGCGUGGUGGACCUGGCCUACGAGAAGCGCGUGAGCGUGCGCUGGAGUGCAGACGGCUGGCGGAGCCAACGAGAGGCGCCCGCCGCCUACGCCGGCCCGGCUCCGCACCCGCCGCGCGCCGACCGCUUCUCCUUCCGCCUACCGGCGCCACCCAUUGGAGGCGCCCUGCUCUUCGCCCUGCGCUACCGCGUGACGGGCCGCGAGUUCUGGGACAACAACGGCGGCCGUGACUAUGCUCUGCGUGGGCCGGAGCACCCGGGCAGUGGCGGAAACCCGGAGCCCCAGGGCUGGAUCCACUUUAUCUGA